UUUCUCGAACGCGAAAACGGUGGUGUGGUUCGCAUUCAGCCGGGCAGAAGCAUCCACCGGCUCUAUCCCCAAAGAUGACAUGGUUCCAACGAUUGAAUUCUUGAUCACAACAGUUUCGCAACUUCUCGCAAAGCCUGGUAGGAGUCACUGCACUAAAGUUUGAGCACUGUUUCUUUGAUACUAUAGCACUCAGCGCUCAGUGGCACAAGCAGCAGACGACUGGUGCCCUGUCUUGAAAUAAAAUGCAGUGAUUCUGAAAGAGUUUUCGUCUGCUGUCAGGAGGUCACAUUGACAACUGGUGUUCCAGGAUAGAUGAUUCCUACUACAGAUGUUGAUAUGAGCUGAGAUGAGGAUAUUUUCUAGAAUUGAUUAACCCCUGGACACUCCCUCUUCGAAACCUUGACCGGGCGUGUUGUACUAUAGCAACAGAACAAGAUCAAAGCCAAACCCUCAGCUCCGCCGCUGCCUCCUCCACACUUGAGUAGCUUAUGAAUAUUCCCGGUAAUAUCUCACCAAGACAAAUACGAUAGAAAGACGCUGGUUAUUCUUUGAUUAUUACUCCCUUUGGAAGUUCCUAUUGUAAUAGUUUUUCUGUUAAUUUUGUUUCAAAAAUGUAUAUUUAGAGUUUAUAUGCACAUAAAAAUAAAUUGCCGAAUAUUUUAUCAUGCAUCUAAUAUUAUUUUGUUGAUAUAAUAUGGAAUAUAUAUAUAAUUUUAGGAAAGAUUAGACCAAACACAAAACCUCCGUCUGGUAAAUGUACGGAGCACUGUCGGAGAAAUCUCCAUUCUGAUUGGUUCAGGGCAUCAGGUGGUGCGAUGCUGAAAUGGGAGGAGCUGACCCGGUGAAGUCGAACACGUGAAUUCUACAGUUUCUAAUUGCGAUGGGGUGAUAAUUAAAGACAAUAAUGGAAAGCAUUUUAGGUCAAAGCGUGAAUUUCAACAUAAUUUUGCUUCAUAAGAACAUGAAAUGUCAGUGACUUAACACUUCCAUCAAAUAAGUACAGAAAUUUACAAAUGCAAUGCAAUUGAACCACCAAUACAAAACCCAUUGCAGAGAGGUGACCAAGGCACAUGUCCAAACCAUUUUGCCCAAUUUUUCUAUCAUAUCUCGCAAAGGACUCGUUGGGCCAAAUCCUUAGAUGACUCUGCUGAUAUUGACCAUUCAGCCUGGCUUUCUUCACCAUUCCAACUGUUUGAAUUGAGUGAAUUAUUAAAAGGGCUGAAUGGAUCCGCAGAAGGGCAGCCUCAGCCAGAUCCAACACCAUCUCCUAAAUUCAAGUGUGGCAGCAACUACAACAACAUCCAGAAUGGCAGUAGUGGUGUCAUUAUGGUCAACAGCUCUGAACUUGUGCAUCUCAUUUCACGGCGACCCAAUGUGAGUGCAAUCGUGAACUCGUCCAUUGAAGCAAGUUCAAACUCGACGAACAACUCAAGCAAGCUUUCGGAGAGUAUCUGUGUGGUAGUGAUGUUCUUUGCCACAUCCUGUCGAUUUUCAGCAGCCACAGCUCCUCAUUAUAAUGCCUUUGGGAGAGCGAUGAGUGGAUUAGAUGUCCUGGCAUUUGAUAUCAAUCAAGCAAAUGGGGUAAAUUCAAGGUAUGGGAUAGUAGCGGUCCCAAGCAUCGUAUUGUUCCACAAUGGCAAGCUAGCGGCAAGGUUUAAUGAGAGCCAAAGAACACUUGAGAGCAUGAUGAACUUUGUACACAACUUGACCGGUUUACCAGUGAACAACUCUGCACAAGUCUCGGAAGAAGACCAAGAAGGACCUGUUCCUACCACAGCAGUUAUAGGUCCAGAUUACUUCCUCUGGUUUUCAAACACAUUCUUGCUCCUAUGUGGACUAAGCUUCUUACAACAGAAAGUUGGAGCAGCAGUCAGAGCUAAGAUCACUGCAAUUCAGGAUUACAUUAUCCAGGUCUGGAGGACGGGAGAGUUCUAUGAGCAGGUGGGUAUAGCAGACAACGACCAAGAGCCAAUGAACAAUGAUGCUGCCGAGAUUAGGUGAUGAAUGUCCUCAGUGCUUGGAGGACAGUUCAGCCUGAGAGCUUUAGCCAUCUGUGUUCUCAAGAGGAUGGCAUAUUUAACAAAGAUGAAGUGCUAUGGUGCAAUGAUGCUUCUGAGAUCAGAAGAUGAAUGUCUUCAGUGCUCUAAGGACAGUUCAACCUGAGAUCUUUAGCCAUCAUUUUUGUCAGCAGGAUGGGAAAUUUGGCAAAGAUGAAGUGCCAGUGUACAGUGAUUCUUCUGAGAUCAGAUGAUGAUUGUCCUCAUUGCUAUGUGGACAUUUCAACCUGAGAUCCGUAGCCAUCAUUUUUGUCAACAGAAUGGGAAAGUUGGCAAAGAUGAAGUGCCAGUGUACAGUGAUUCUUCUGAGAUCAGAUGGUGAUUGUCUUCAUUGCUAUGUGGACAUUUCAACCUAAGAUCCGUAGCCAUCCAACUUUUUAACAAGAUGGCAGAGUUGACAAAGAUGAAGUGCCAGUGUACAAUGACGUUGCUGAGAGUGGGUUACGAGUGUCUUCAGUCCUAUGUGGACAGUUCUACCUGAGAUCCUUAGCCAUCCAAUUUGUAAACAGGAUGGCAUAGUUGCCAGUGUACUAUGAUGCUUCUGAGAUCAGAUAAUGAUCUCCCGACUAUGUGGAGAUAUCAACUUUGGAUCCUUGCCCAUAUGCUUGUACAAGCAGAGUGGCACUGAUAAUUCUAGCAAAUGAAAUAUGUUUCUUGUAAAAUCCAAAACCCAUAACUAUAACAGCAUGGCCAUUCUGAAUUGUGAUGUAGUAGAAGUCCUUGUUUAGAUAUUAUAGUGCUUUGAAAUGGUGCAAACUGUCAACAGCGAAAAAUGUUGUUUUAUUUUUUUUUUCGUCAAGCAUAUUUAGGAGGCUGCCUGGCACGAAAGAAAACAAUGAAAAAAAAGUAUUUUUGCAGAUCCAUGUUGAUGAACUUAAUCUCUUGGACAUUCGGGGAGUUAAUCUGUGUCAAUGUCACCUAUCAUGUUUUGGGGUUUAAAGGGGUACUUCAGGCUGAAAAUAUUUAUAUCUAAAUAAAUAUAGUAAAUUCACAGAGCAAAAUGCUGACAAUUUCAUCAAAAUCAGAUAACAAAUAACAAAGUUAUUGAAUUUUUAAGUUUAACAAUAUUUUUUGAAAAUAGUUAUAUUCACGUCUUUAUGAAUAUUCAUUAGGUGGGCUGUUGAUGUCACAUCCCCACUUUCCUCUUAUGUUAUUACAUGAAAUUUGUCAUACAUGCGUGAAUAAUGUGUCUCCUCUAUCAUGAAAUAAGUUGCAGCAAUAAAUAUCUAAUGCACUAAAUCAGUUGUCAAUCCAAUUUUCAGUUCUUGGUAGAAAAAAAAUGAAUAAACCUAAUUUCACACAAUGAAAUACGAAAGAACAAGUGGGGAUAUGACAUCAUCUAAUUGCUCAUUGAAUAUUCAUGAAGACAUGCCUAGAUCUGUUUCACCGGGAUAAUGCAAAUCUUUAAAAUGCUAUAACUUUGUUAUUCCUAGUCUGAUUUUGAUCAAACUUUCAGUGUUUUGUUGGUCUGAUUUUUCUUUAUCUAUUCAAAUCAUUUUAUUCUCAGCCCGGAGCAUCCCUUUAAUAACAUUUAUCAUUAAUACAUGUAGCAAAUAACCCUCUGAUUUCUUUUUUGUAGAUAUACUGUAUGUUUAUAAAUGUGAGAAAGUGCAAUUUGAUUUCAUUUUGAAAAGUGAUUGUUUUACAUGCCAUCCAAAAUGUCAUUUUCAAUGUGUGCAAUCUAAUUUUUUUUCUUUUUUGGUAGGGGGUCUUAAUUAUUUUGAGCAAAUUUAUUUUAACUUGUUUCAUGAUUAAAGAAUUUUAUCAAAUACAUAAGACAUCAGACUCAUACAUGUACAGUGAAGAUUAAUUGAAGUUACCAAGAUAGUAAGUCUUGGUGUAACAGGUCACUGGAGUGAUGAAUAAAAUAGUUUUCUCCACCAUGAAAAAUAAUGUAUGAGAAAAUAACCUAGCACAAGCACACACAGUUGAUUUUAAAAUGUACAUUUCCUGUCUCUCUCAGUUUGAUCAAACUAAGCCUAGAGUCCCCAGUUUUCUGUUAUACGGAAGAGGGGAAAAAGUCAUGGAAUACCAUGGAAAAUACAACUUUUAGGCCCCUCCAAGUUGAUUUUAAUAUGAAAAAUACUUCGAAAUCAAUCAUGACAAUCAUAGCAGAAUCCAAUAAAAGAAAACCAAGCAUCAGUGGAAAAUCUGCCAAUCAAACCGUGUUAGUUAUGUGUUCAUCAAGCUCUUAUCGUACUGCAGUGCAUGUAUAUUUAUUUGAACUUAGUUUUUCUUAGAUUUUCAUUCUUAUUAAUUGUUUUAUACAAAUGACCAAAGAAAGUGGAAUAUAGUAAUUAGAACACGGAAGAACAUGGUAUUUUUUAUUUUACAAAAUAAAAAUCUUGAGACUGUUAGUUAAGUAGACCAUGAUUUAUUUAUAUCAAACUUCAGAAUAUUGGCCAUAGGAAAUGAAACAUGAAAGCAUUGGAUGAAGAUAUUAAAGUUCAGUUACCCCUCCUGGGGUGCCAGGAUACUCAAGUGCACUAUGGAAAUGACCUCUUGAUUUCAAAUGUUACUUGUAUAUUUAAUAAUAUCUGGGUCCCGUGAAAGAAAGGUUAGGGAUUAAUCGUAUGCUUGAUUUCUACCAUUGAUAUGUACAUUGUAGUCGAUGGAAUCAAUUGUAGAAAAAUGCUCUAUAAUUGCUAAGCUUUGUUUUACGGGCCACUAAUGUUUAUUUUUAUUUGUAAUUCAUGUUCAAUUCAGUACAAUUCUGCAAGACAAUAUGUUUAAUGAAAUCCAUUUACCUAUCUAUCCAUCUAUUCUAUCUAUCUAUUUAUCUAUCUAUCUAUUAAUCUAUAACAUUGUUAGAUUGGACCAAUUUGCUAUAAUUCAGUGAUGGAGUAAGACACAGCUAAUUGUUCCAUUGUUCAUCACCCCCCUUGACUUGGAGGUUAGAACAAGUUCAAUGUAUUGUGUCUAUUCUAAUGUUGUUUCAGCACUUCCUUCUUGUUCUGUGCCUUUUAAUAACUUUGUACUGAAUAUUUCCCAAUAAACAAACUCACAUGAAUGAAGUAUAUGAACUCUUUACCACCUUUUCUAUUAGUCUUGUUGUCAAUUCUCUUUGCUAAAUUGAUGUUGGACACUUUCCACUAAUCAAAGUCACGUGAAUAAAGUCAAUCAACUCUUUA